CGCGGGAAAACCAUCAAACCAGAAGCGCGAAAUGGCAACGGAGGAAGACAACGGCGGCGAAGACUACCAAGUGGAGGAGGAAUUCAGCGUCUGGAGGAAGAACACACCCUUCUUGUACGAUCUAGUCAUCUCUCACUCUCUCGAGUGGCCGUCACUCACCGUCCAAUGGCUCCCCUCACCGCCCUCGUUGUAUCCCGACGGCUCUUUCGCCCUUCACAAGAUGAUCCUUGGGACCCACACCUCCGAUGACUGCCCUAAUUUUCUCCUCGUUGCAGAAACCCACUUGCCGGUUAACCCUGCAUCGGCACUUGAAACCAAUUUGGAUAAUCCAAAAAUCCCUAAGGUAGAGGUUAUUCAGAAGAUACAUGUUGAUGGUGAGGUCAACCGUGCGAGGUGUAUGCCACAGAUUCCCUCAAUCAUUGCAGCAAAAACCAGCUCUUCUGAAAUUUAUGUGUUUGACACUACAAAGCAGCCUUUAGAUCAUGAAGGGGGUUCUUGUGAACCUGAUGUUAGAUUGAGGGGUCAUGACAAAGAAGGUUAUGGACUAUCGUGGAACCCUUUUAGAGAGGGUUAUCUCUUGAGUGGUUCUAAUGAUUGCAAAAUUUGCUUGUGGGAUGUGUCCAAAAUGCCUGACAAUAAAGUUCUCGAUGCAACACAUGUAUAUCAGGAUCAUACAAGUGUGGUUGAAGAUGUAUCAUGGCAUCUGAUGAAUGAUAGUCUGUUUGGAUCCGUUGGUGAUGAUUGCAAGCUAAUGAUUUGGGAUUUGCGCACAAAUAAACAUGAACAAGCUGUUGUAGUUCAUGAUAAAGAGGUUAAUUACUUAUCUUUUAAUCCGUUUAACGAGUGGGUCCUGGCUACUGCAUCUUCAGACACUACUGUUGGUCUGUUUGAUAUGCGGAAGCUGACUUCACCGUUGCAUGUUUUAAGUAGUCACGAGGAAGAGGUAUUCCAGGUGGAAUGGGACCCGAACCAUGAAACUGUGCUUGCGUCUUCUGCAGGUGACAGAAGGUUGAUGGUUUGGGAUCUAAAUAGGAUUGGAGAUGAACAACUGGAAGGAGAAGCGGAGGAUGGCCCGCCUGAGCUUCUGUUUUCUCAUGGUGGUCAUAAGGCAAAAAUAUCAGAUUUUUCUUGGAACAAGAAUGAACCGUGGGUCAUAUCUAGUGUGGCUGAAGACAACGCUUUACAGGUCUGGCAAAUGGCGGAAAGCAUUUAUCGCGAAGAUGAUGACAUUUGAACAUCUGCUUUCGUGAUCCUUUUAUGUGCUUAAAAGUCAUCUUUUAUCAAAUUUAGGUAAACCUGAGUAGUAGUUGUUGUAUCGAACAUGGCCUGUUUGGUCUUACAGAUGUUUGUGGGCAUUUGGCUUGCUUAUUGAUUCGUCAAAGUGGUUGAAUCUUGUUCUGUUUGUUUG